ACAUCGAUGGCUUAGUGUAACUAAUGAUCGUGCUAGAAAUUCCUUUCUCUUUUGCGUAAAAUAUGAUGAUUGGCGGCGGAGUAUUAUCAUAAUCUGUUAGGUAGGCGCCUAGAUGAUUGCUAAAGCUGGGCCACUGAGCUCUCGGAGAAAUAAUAUGUUUGCGGCCGUUCGAGAUUGGCCUGUCUAGUUUCCAAUAUAACUACUAACUACCGCUCCCUGUAAUGCUAGAUCUACUCUCAUUAGGGAAUCUCAAUGCUCUGGUGCUUGAUCUAAAUGCCGGCCCCAUUGGCCCAAGGAGAGGGGAGGAGCAACAGCUUCAUCUUUGCCCGGCCAUCGCCCUUCUUCCCACUCUUCGCACCCUUCAUGUGCGGAUGCAUCUCAUCUGCCCCGACAUUUUAAAAGUCCUAGAUUCAGAUGACAAUCUACGUCUUAAUACGGUUGUUAUCAAUAUGGGUCUGAGAUUCAACGUGAGUGGGGUAAUACGUGCAUUGAAUUCGAGACGUUGUCCUGGGGGAGAAGAGAACAUACUUCACCUGAAAGCCGACAUGCAGGAACAGGCAAAAGUUCUUGCCAGCCGAAUGUCAUCACUGAAUAAUGUGAGAAUCCUAACUAGCAAGCCUUCUACGGGUGAAACGCUGUCACUGAAUAUCUUGACUGGUAAAACGACGAUACUGAGUGACGAUCAGCCUUGGGAGGAUGCAGCGCCGCCAAGAAGAAUCCAAAGCCUUGAAAACCACGAAUAUGUGACACCUUUCUAUAAAUGGGAGUAAUUAAACUACCUGUCUGUGUAUUUACUAACUCGAUUUCAUCACUAAUUAGUUUUUAAUCUAAACCGCUUAUACAAAAAGUCCCUGGUAGUCAUCUUGAAGUCCUCGCUCUUUUACCCCGCCUCUGGCCUGAUUUUGAACUGCUGGAAGUAUGUGGUAAUAGCCCGAAGCUAGUAUCUAAUUAAACUGUCAGAUGGUGGCUUUUCGGAUUCCUCGGAUAACUAGUGUUAUAUUCAUUUGAAUUGAGGUUUUAUCGUUCUUUACUAAGAAUCAUCUAAAAGCAGGUUGCUAUUUCCAUAUAGCGAGAUUUAAGACGACGAUGCGUUGAUUUCUCAUUAAGCGUCGCUUUACUGAUCGUGGGCUGAAGUGUUGUCGCUGGGUCUCGUACAUUCCGCGCAAUUAG